CCCUCCGCCGCCAUGUUGGCUCCCAGACCGGAAGUGGGGAAUGGCUGAAUAAAUGUCGGCUCUCCCGCUGUGUGCGGCACCGGGUGGCGGGCAGUGAUCGAUAAACCGGGGGAUUACCGCGAUAUAGCGCGCUCACAGCCCGGUGCAUUGUGUGGGCGGAUGUGACGUCAUGGGGGAGAAUGGCGGCUGAGCUGACAGUGUCUCCAAACUGAGCCCCAGCAUGCUGCCAGCCAAUAAUAAUAUAAUAUAAUAUAAUAAUAAUAAUAAUAAUAUCACCACAACACCGGCCCUGACUGACUGACUGAGCGAGCCAGGGUGAGUUACUACAAUAAUAAUAAUAUACUACCCUAUAGUGAUCCUACUAACACUGCCCUACAGUAAUGAUCAUAAUACUACCAGCUAUUACUACCCUACAGUGAUCCUACUAACACUGCCCUACAGUAAUGAUCAUAAUACUACCAGCUAUUACUACCCUACAGUGAUCCUACUAACACUGCCCUACAGUAAUGAUCAUACUACUACCAGCUAUUACUAUCCUAUAGUGAUCCUACUAAUACUGCCCUACAGCAAUGAUCAUACUACUACCAGCUAUUACUACCCUAUAGUGCUCCUACUAAUACUGCCCUACAGCAAUGAUCAUACUACUACCAGCUAUUACUACCCUAUAGUGAUCCUACUAAUACUGCCCUACAGCAAUGAUCAUACUACUACCAGCUAUUACUACCCUAUAGUGAUCCUACUAAUACUGCCCUACAGUAAUGAUCACAAUACUGCCAGCUACUACUACCCUAUAGUGAUCCUACUAACACUGCCCUACAGUAAUGAUCACAAUACUACCAGCUAUUACUACCCUAUAGUGACCCUACUAACACUGCCCUACAGUAAUGAUCAUACUACUACCAGCUAUUACUACCCUAUAGUGAUCCUACUAAUACUGCCCUACAGUAAUGAUCAUACUACUACCAGCUAUUACUACCCUAUAGUGAUCCUACUAACACUGCCCUACAGUAAUGAUCAUAAUACUGCCGGCUAUUACUACCCUACAGUGAUCCUACUAACACUGCCCUACAGUAAUGAUCAUACUACUACCGGCUAUUACUACCCUACAGUGAUCCUACUAACACUGCCCUACAGUAAUGAUCAUAAUACUACCAGCUAUUACUACCCUAUAGUGAUCCUACUAAUACUGCCCUACAGCAAUGAUCAUACUACUACCAGCUAUUACUACCCUAUAGUGAUCUUACUAAUACUGCCCAACAGCAAUGAUCACAAUACUGCCAGCUAUUACUACCCUAUAGUGAUCCUACUAACACUACCCUACAGUAAUCAUACUACUACCAGCUAUUACUACCCUAUAGUGAUCCUACUAAUACUGCCCUACAGUAGCCGUGCAAUACCCGCAGCUACACUGCCCUGCGCCGGUAGUCACGCUUGCUGCCUACGUGGCAUUCGCGACACCACCGGCUAUUACACCUCGCGGUGAUCCUACUAACGCAACACCACAGUAGUAGUCAUGCUACCGGCUAUUACUACCCCUAUGAGUGAUCCUGCUGGCACUGCCCUGCAGUAGUAGUCAUAUGCGUAUACUGCCUACAGUGAUCCUACUAACGCUUUGCCCUACAGUAAUGAUCAUGCUACUACCCAUUGUGCACCUACGGUGAUCCUACUAGCACUGCCGCAGUAAUGAUCAUAAUACUACCGUAUUACUACUAUAGUGAUCACACUAAUACUGCCCUACAGCAAUGAUCAUACUGCUACCGACUAUUUGCACUACCCUAUAGUGAUCUUACUAGCUGCCCUACAGUAAUGAUCAUACUACCAGCUAUUACUACCCUAUAGUGAUCCUACUAACACUGCCCUACAGUAAUGAUCAUACUACCAGCUAUUACUACCCUAUAGUGAUCCUACUAACACUGCCCUACAGUAAUGAUCAUACUACUACCAGCUAUUACUACCCUAUAGUGAUCCUACUAACACGGCCCUACAGUAAUGAUCAUACUACUACCAGCUAUUACUACCCUAUAGUGAUCCUACUAACACUGCCCUACAGUAAUGAUCAUACUACUACCAGCUAUUACUACCCUAUAGUGAUCCUACUAAUACUGCCCUACAGUAAUGAUCAUACUACUACCAGCUAUUACUACCCUAUAGUGAUCCUACUAACACUGCCCUACAGUAAUGAUCAUACUACUGCCAGCUAUUACUAUCCUAUAGUGAUCCUACUAACACUGCCCUACAGUAAUGAUCAUAAUACUGCCAGCUAUUACUACCAUAUAGUGAUCCUACUAAUACUGCCCUACAGUAAUGAUCAUAAUACUGCCAGCUAUUACUACCCUAUAGUGAUCCUACUAAUACUGCCCUACAGUAAUGAUCAUACUACUACCAGCUACUACCCUAUAGUGAUCCUACUAAUACUGCCCUACUGUAAUGAUCAUACUACCAGCUAUUACUACCCUAUAGUGAUCCUACUAACACUGCCCUACAGUAAUGAUCAUACUACCAGCUAUUACUACCCUAUAGUGAUCCUACUAACACUGCCCUACAGUAAUGAUCAUACUACUACCAGCUAUUACUACCCUAUAGUGAUCCUACUAAUACUGCCCUACAGCAAUGAUCAUACUACUACCAGCUAUUACUACCCUAUAGUGAUCCUACUAAUACUGCCCUACAGUAAUGAUCAUAAUACUACCAGCUAUUACUACCCUAUAGUGAUCCUACUAACACUGCCCUACAGUAAUGAUCAUAAUACUACCAGCUAUUACUACCCUACAGUGAUCCUACUAACACUGCCCUACAGUAAUGAUCAUACUACUACCAGCUAUUACUAUCCUAUAGUGAUCCUACUAAUACUGCCCUACAGCAAUGAUCAUACUACUACCAGCUAUUACUACCCUAUAGUGCUCCUACUAAUACUGCCCUACAGCAAUGAUCAUACUACUACCAGCUAUUACUACCCUAUAGUGAUCCUACUAAUACUGCCCUACAGUAAUGAUCAUAAUACUACCAGCUAUUACUACCCUAUAGUGAUCCUACUAACACUGCCCUACAGUAAUGAUCAUAAUACUAUCAGCUAUUAGUACCCUAUAGUGAUCCUACUAAUACUGCCCUACAGUAAUGCUCAUAAUACUACCAGCUAUUACUACCCUAUAGUGAUCCUACUAAUACUGCCCUACAGUAAUGCUCAUAAUACUACCAGCUAUUACUACCCUAUAGUGAUCCUACUAACACUGCCCUACAGUAAUGAUCAUAAUACUACCAGCUAUUACUACCCUAUAGUGAUCCUACUAAUACUGCCCUACAGUAAUGAUCAUAAUACUACCAGCUAUUACUACCCUAUAGUGAUCCUACUAAUACUGCCCUACAGUAAUGAUCAUAAUACUACCAGCUAUUACUACCCUCUAGUGAUCCUACUAAUACUGCCCUACAGUAAUGAUCAUACCACUACCAGCUAUUACUACCCUCUAGUGAUCCUACUAAUACUGCCAUACAGUGCUCAUACUGCCAUACAGUACUAAUACUACCUCCUCAACACUGGCCUUUAGUAAUAAUACUGAAAUCUUUAUUUUAUUUAGAUGCAGGAGACAUCGGAGGAUGGAGAAGAAAAAGUUACUGCUGGCAUGGAGUCUCUGGCGGUAAAGGAGGGAGACGUGGAGACUGAGGACGACGACAGAGAGGAGAGUCAGAAAGAAGGAGAGGAGAAUGAGGCGGAAGAGGAGCAGGAGCAGCAGCAGGAGGAAGGCAAUGAAGAGGAGGAGGAUGAGGAGGAGGGAGAAGAUUGGUGUAUACCAUGCAGUGAUGAGGAACUAGAGGACACUGAAGGGUGGCAUCCACCCCCGGAGGAGAUUAAGAGGCUAUAUGAGCUCAUAUCUAGUGAGGGCACGCUGCCUCUAGAAGUGGAGACACUGCUUCGUCGCCCUCCAACUCCUGAACCAGAUCCGUCAGAGGAGGAGUCCGAUCAGGAGCAAGAGGAAGAUGGAGAGGAGGAGGACAUGUGAGUGUGAAUGCUACCAUCUAGUCCAAACAAAUGUCUAUUAAAGGGACACUUUAGACACCCAAACAACUUUUAUCCUAGUGCAGCAGUUUUGGUGUGUAGAUCAUGCCUUUGUAGUCUUACAGCUCGAUUCUCUAGUUAGGAGUUAAAUCACUUUGUUUGUACAGCCCUAGCCACAUCUCUCUGCAUGUGACGUAGACAGCCUUCCUAAACACUUUCUGUAAAGAGAGCUCUAAUGUUUAAACUUCCUUUAUUGCACAUUGUGUUUAAUUUAGAUUUUCUCCUCUCCUGCUCUGUUAUUGGAAUUCUAGACCCUGCAGGAGCCUCCUGUGUGUGUGUUUAAAGGACCACUAUAGGCACCCAGACCACGUCAACUUAAUGAAGUGGUCUGGGUGCCAGGUCCAGCUAGGUUUAACCCUUUUUUUGCUGUAAACAUAGCAGUUUCAGAGAAACUACUAUGUUUACCUAUGGGUUAAUCCAGCCUCUAGUGGCUGUCUCAUUGACAGCCGCUAGAGGCGCUUCUCACUGUGAUUUUCACAGUGAGAAGACUCCAGCAUCCAUAGAAAAGCAUUGAGAAUGCUUUCCUAUGGACUGGCUGAAUGCGAGCGCGGCUCUUGCCGCGCAUACACAUUCAGCCGAUGACGGAAGAAGAGGGAGAAGAGGUAGCCCGGCGAUGGGGGGAAAAAAGGUAAGGGAUUAACUUCUUCCCCCCCCCCCCCUUCAGCGCCAAGGGAGUGGGACCCUGAGGGUGGGGGCAUCCUCAGGGCACUAUAGUGCCAGGAAACGAGUAUGUUUUCCUGGCACUAUAGUGGUCCUUUAAAGUUAAUUUUAUAGAGGGUUUUUUCUUUUCUUUAUAAAUAACUUCUAAAGCAAGUUAGCAUCUGAUUGAAAAUGCAAGAAAGAAAUGAUAACAGACAAAAGCUUAGAGAGACUUAAUGGCUUGUCCUUCAGUACAUCCCCGCUUAGGUCUCCAAAUAGUUUUUGCUUGCUUGUGCCAGAACAGAGAGAACAUGUGAAGCAUAUCAGACUGUUCCCACCCAUACAGGCAGUCCAGAUCCGAAAUGCCAGCUAGUUCCCUCUGCACGAGAGAUACAGCAACCCCAGACGAUUCUUUUGGGCCUCGUCAGUGAGGUAUAGCUGAUAUCCCUCGAGGCACAGUGAGCACAGGGUUCACAUUUGGAUUGUCUGAUUUGAAAAUGAAACCAUUUUUUUUUUCAUGCAUGCUGUGUCAGUCACAGCUAGUGGAGGUGUGGGUAGGGCUGUGUGGACAGAAAUACACCUAAAUUGCAGAGAAUUGAGCAGUGUGACUGCUGUGGCGUAAUCUAGAACCAAAAGCUGCUUCGUUAAGCUAAAUUUGUUUUGGUUACUAUAGUAUUUGUUUAAUAUAAAACUAUUUACCCAAUAUUUUUAACUCAACACAUUUCUAUCUGGGUUAUUCACUAAAGUGAGAAUCUAAAGUGAAUUUAAAAUUUAAAGGGUCACAAUAGUCUUUAGGACUACAGCUUAAUGUAGUUGUUUGUUUGGUGUCUACGGUCUGUCCCUGCAGGCUUUUUAAUGUAAACACUGCCUCUUCAGAGGAAAGGCAAUGUUUACAGUACUGCUUAGUAACACCUCUAGUUGCAGUCGCUCAGACAACUAGCAGUGCAUCCUAUGUCGGUGCUGCACUGACGUUCAGCGUCUCCAAACUCUGCAUUGAUUCAAUGCUUUUUUGAAGAGAUGUUGAUUGGAGCAGCGUGGCAAACUCACAAUAGCCUCUCAGGUUUGAUUUCAGCCAAGGGGAUGGAGCGAGGGAUUCCCUGUAGUGAGGUCGGCCACACCAGGAAAUAACUGUCAUGUAGUCAAAGCAGGAGUAAUGAGCUUGCCUAGUGCCAAUUAUAACAAAGAAAUCUGGGUAAGAACUAACUGGCCGCACACAAGCUACAAGUGCUUGUAUGCACAGAUUUAUUUGUGUGAUUGAUGGGUUAUAGCUGCGUCACAUUCCGAAACUUCGGCUUUAAGACUCAUGUUAAAUUAAAGGACCACUAUAGUGCCAGGAAAACAAACUCGUUUUCUUAACUGAUAUGACUGCCAAUCGAUGGCGUUAUUGGACAUACAGGUGAUACUCGAAAAAUUAGAAUAUCGCGCAAAAGUUCAUUUAUUUCAGUAAUGCAACGUAAAAGGGGAAACUAAUAUAUGAGGUAGAUGCAUUACAUGCAAAGCAAGAUAGUUCAAGCCGUGAUUUGUCAUAAGUGCAAUGAUUAUGGUUUACAGCUCAUGAAAACCCCACAUCCACAAUCUCAGUAAAUUAGAUUAUUGUGAAAAGGUGCAAUAUUCUAGGCUCACAGUGUCCCACUCUAAUCAGCUAAGUAAGCCAUAACACCUGCAAAGGGUUUGUCAGCCUUUAAAUGGUCUCUCAGUCUGGUUCAGUAGGAAUCACAAUCAUGGGGAAGACUGCUGACCUGACAAUUGUGCAGAAAACCAUCACUGACACCCUCCAUAAGGAGGGAAAGCCUCAAAAGGUAAUUGCGAAGGAAGUUGGAUUUUCCCAAAGUGCUGUAUCAAAGCACUGUCAUGCCGAAUCCCGUUUUUUUUUUUUUUUUUAACCCCCCUCCCGCCUCCACUACAUCCAAUUGACCCACUAGUCACCCACAAAUGCCCCUAAGCCCCCCACAUUACCUAUUUUUUAAUCCUUAUUUUCUGCCCCGAUCUUGAUUCAGGGCGCCGCCAUCUUUGUGUGGGUAGGUGAAGUCCCUGUGGGACACGUCAUCAGCCCACACUAGGCAGACUGUGAGAUUCCCGCACAUGCCCAGUGAAACACCUGGACAUGCGAACGGGAAUUUCAUCUAUUCAUUCAUUCAUCAGACAGACGAAUGAGUGAAUAGAAAUAUCAGCAGAACAAACAAACACAAUGUAUCAGUGUUUGUUUGUUCGUUCAGUUUAUUACAAGGAGGGAGCUACCGGCAUGCAGCUCCCUCCUUGUAAUAUGUAACUAUUGAAGCGGCAGGGAGCAGUGCUCCCCACCACUUCAUAAGCCCCCCAGUACCCCCUCUCACUCUAUGGGGGUCAAUAUGACCCCAUAAUAGCACAAGGGAGAUUAAAAUCUCCCAAAUGCCCCUACUCGCUAUACCGCGAGUAGGGGCAUGUCUACUAAACAGUGAGCAGCCCGUGGCUGCUCACUGUUGGAAAAAAAGACAUAAAUUACAAUAAGGGGGGAUGGACCUACUGUCCUCCCCCCUGGCCCCCACCCCUGCGCGGUGGGUGGGGGCCCUAAUAAAACAAUAAGGGGGGGGGACCUACUGUCCUCCCCCCUGGCCCCCACCCCUGAGCGGUGGGUGGGGGCCCUAAAUGAAACACCCCCCCCCAAUCAAGGUGACUAGGGGUCCCAAGCCCCUAGUCACCACCCCCCCACCCAAAAAAACCUAUCCCCUACCUACCCCCCUCACCCUACAAAUAGUGAGGGGGGAAUAAAAUAACUAACCUGUAAAAAAAAAAAAAAUUAACUUACCAUUUGACGUCUUCUUUUUUCUAAAAUCUUCUUUCUUCAGCCCCCAAAAAGGCCAAAUAAAAAUCAACCCCCCACCCUCAAGUAGGUACACCACCCUUAUUGUUUUACUGGAAGCCACCCCAAUCAGAGUGCUCUGAGUCAUUUUACACAGCGUGGGAAAAUUCAAAAGAACUUUCCCACGCUGUGUAAAAUGACUCAGAGUCAGUAGGUUCCCCCCCCCAUCUUUAUUUAGGGCCCCCACGGGCAUGGGGGGGGGGUUUAUUAGUUUUUUUAUUUUUUAUUUUUUACAGUGAGCAGCUAUAAGCUGCUCACUGCUUACUACACAUGCCCCUACUCGCGAUAUAGCGAGUAGGGGCAUAUUAUUUACUAAUACUAAGUAAUCUUUACUUAGUAUUAGUAAAUGUGGCUGAAAGACCAAUUUAGGUCUUUCAGCCUUUUAGUAGAUAGCUCCCUGAUACCGUGGGAAUUAGGGAGUUAUCUACUAAACGGCUGCAAGAUGCAGCCACAGCAGUGAAUAGGAUCAGAGUUUCAUUCAUUAGAAUGAAAUUCCGAUCCGAAUAAAAUGCCGAAUUGCGUUCUAAAAGAAACGAACAUACUGUUGUCAUUCAGUUAGAACGCAAUUCGGCAGUUUUGUGUAAAGUGACAGGAAGCAUCGUGGGAACACAGAGGGAAGGUAAGGAUCAUGGGAAAAUUGCUCUGGCCAGCGGAAAUGAAGCACACUUUGCUCCUCUGCUGGUCAGAGCUGGUCAAGCGGAGGAAUCCUCCAUAAGGCAAAGAGUCCCUUCUUUGUCUUAUGAUUUUAAAGAAAACUAUAGAAGACAGGAAGAAAAGAAGAACAGAUCCUGAGAGAGGGGGGAGAAGAGGAAGAGAUUGAGGAAAGGUAAGUUCGGCAUGACAGUGCCGCUUUAAUAGAAAGUUAUGUGGAAGAAAAAGGUACACAUCCAGCAGGGAUGACCGCAGCCUGUAGAGGAUUGUCAGGAAAAGGCCAUUCCAAAGUGUUGGGGACUUUCACAAGGAGUGGACUGAGGCUGGAGUCAGUGCAUCAAGAGCCACCACACACAGACGGAUCCUGGACAUGGGCUUCAGAUGUCGUAUUCCUCUUGUCAAGCCGCACCUGAACAACAAACCCCAUCAGAAGCGUCUUACCUGGGCUAAAGAAAAACAGACCUGGUCUGUUGCUCAGUGGUCCAAAGCCCUCUUUUCUGAUGAGUGCAACUUUUGCAUCUCAUUUGGAAACCAAGGACCCAGAGUCUGGAGGAAGACAACGCAGCUGUCUACCAGGAGAUUUUGGAGCACUUCAUGCUUCCUUCUGCAGACGAGCUUUAUGGGGAUGCUGACUUCAUUUUCCAGCAGGACUUGGCACCUGCCCACACUGCCUAAAGCACCAAAGCCUGGUUCAAUGGGAUUACUGUGCUUGGUGGGCCAGCAAACUCACCUGACCUGAACCCCAUAGAGAAUCUAUGGGGCAUUGCCAAGAGAAAGAUGAGAAACAUGAGACCCUGCAAUGCAGAAGAGCUGAAGGCCACUAUUGAAGCAUCCUGGUCUUCCAUAACACCUCAGCAGUGCCACAGGCUGAUAGCUUCCAUGCCACGCCGCAUUGAGGCAGUAAUUGCUGCAAAAGGGGCCGAAACCAAGUACUGAGUCCAUAUUUAUGCUUAUACUUUUCAAAGGUCCGAUAUUGUUCUAUGUACACUCCUUGUUUUAUUGAUUGCGUGAAUAUUCUAAUUUACUGAGAUUGUGGAUUUGGGGUUUUCAUGAGCUGUAAGCCAUAAUCAUCGCACUUAUGACAAAUCACGGCUUGAACGAUCUUGCUUCGCAUGUAAUGCGUCUUAUCUCCUAUAUUAGUUUCCCCUUUUACGUUGCAUUACUGAAAUAAAUUAACUUUUGCACGAUAUUCUAAUUUUUCAAGUAUCACCUGUAUACCCCACCCCCAAGGCAUCAUUCCAACAUAGAAUUAAUCAGGGGAAGCAUUAUGUGAAAUAUUAGUUGGUACAGAGUGCCAGAGCAAUAGUGCCUUUAGGCUGCUGUUCGGUAAUAAGUCCAACUUUCAUUUUUAUACGUAUUGAAUUGAAUUUGCCAUUUAUUUGUGUACAUCGGUAGUUUUCACAGUAUGGUUUCGGUGCCCACUAGUCUGCUCAGACCUUUAAUACAAAUAAUACGGUGCAGUUUACCCAUAGAAACCUAUAGGAGAAAUCUCACUAAGUCCUCUAUGAAGUGGGAGUCCAGCAGGGGGAGCUAUGGUACAAGUGUAGCUGCACAAGCUGAUUGUUUUUUAAAAUGUAUUUUUGUGUCCCUAAAGAGGAGUUUGUUUCCGUUUUCUUAAGGGACUGGAGAUUAGAUAGUCCAGUGGGGUUGGAUGUGAACCCCAAUAAUAACAUGCAUUCCCAUGAGAAGUUUUAUUAAUAAUUGAUAAAGCAGAAGGGCCGGGAUUUGUUGUUGGUGACCGUAUCUGGGUUGGACUCCAUUACAGAGAGCUUCCUAUCAGAGCAAGAUUUUAGAUGUAAGGCUAAAGUCUAUAAAAAGCCGGUGCCAAGGACUGGCGUAGGUGGUGAGGGAUAUAAAGAGCAGGUGGUGAGGAAAUCGGAGGUUCCUGCUUUGAUAUACCCUUUAAAUCCUAUGACCAAAUGUAUAUUUAACCCGAGACCCACUUCUGUGGUGAUUUCUGGGAAACCAAUGGAAUGCAUGAGUGAGCUUGGCAGAGGCCCAGACUCCUAUUAGUGGCUUCUGAUUAAGCAGUCAGCCUUUUACCCUGUAAGAACCAGGACAGACAUUGCUGGCAUCGUGUCUUAAGGGCUAGAUUAAGGAAACGGAAAGCUCUAAUGUUUGGUCCUUUAAAAGGUUAACAAGCGCACCUACGGAUUUUAUUUGCUAAAUACCAGUUUGUUGUGAACUGAAAAAUGUAUUGCACUAAAUUUGCAGUUGUAGCACAAACGUUGUAAUUUAUGUUUUGUGUGUAAUGUGUUUGUAAUGAAUAAAUCCCUGUGACACUUUGCCUUUCCCACUCAGACCGCAGAUUCCAACGGCGUUUGAUUUUGACGACGAACCAUCCACUCCAAAGAAUUCGCUAAUUGACCGUCGAAGGACACCCGGUACGUGUUUGAGUGACAUUCAAAUAUUCUACUUUCUUGCUUACUGUAAGAUUUUAUUUAUAGGUUUUGUUUUGAAUAAUUGACUCCGUCCCUAAGGGGUUAAGGAAACAAUCCUUCCUUUGGAGUGUCUCUUGAUUAGUUUUAAUUUUACUAGCAGCCAUUGAGUUUUCCAGAACUCCUCUGCAUGUUGGAGUACUCCGUAUAUUCCGGACCUUCUUGCAGGGGAUUGUUGGAUGUGAUGUUUUUCGGGAAUCAAUCAUUGGAUUGCUGGCUGCACAUAGCAAGUUACUCUCAUAGUGCGACUGGUGAAAGGGUGAGUGUCAGCAGACUAAGCUUGUCACUGGCACUCAAGGCAACAAUUUCUGUACUGUACGACAUGUGAGCAGAGGGGAGGCCGUGCAGAUGGUGUCCAUGGAAAACCGUUUAACACCUUAUGGUAAGAUGGCAGCCAGGGUCUUUGGCUUCCAAGGCAAGGUUGAUGUGAUGGAGUAUCCCUUUAAGUUAUCUGGUAGUUUAAUUUUCAUGCUAUCAUUGUGAAAGACAUUGACUCUCUUUCUCUAGGGUCAGUUGGCAAUUUCAUUUUUACUUUAAAAUGUAACCUUUCCUUUAGAUGUGAAAGCUUUAGUAAAGUUUGCCAACCAUAGUACACUUUAUAUCACAUAUUAGGAAUGUGGUAACUUGCAGAUUUUAAAGCGAUACUUGAGGCAGGAAAACAACUCUAGCUUGAUGUAUAGAUCCUGCCCCUGAAGUCUCAUUGCUCAGUUUUCUGCCAUUUAAGAGUUUAAUCAGUUUGUUAAUGCAGCCCUAAUCACACCUCCCACAGUCUCCAUACACAUUUCCUGUAAAAUGUCUUCUAAUGUUUAAACUUCCUUUAUGGCACAGUCUGUUUAAUUUAGAAUUUCACAUUUCCUGCUAUGUCAAUAGCCUACUAGUUCAUGCAGGAGCCUCCUGUGUGUAAUUAAAGUUUAAUUAAGCAGGGGACAAAUAUUCUAAAGAAGACAGUCAAGUCACAUCUGAUUAAAAAUGAAACCAUUUUUUCAUGCAGGCUGUGUGAGUCAGUCAGGGUAGGUGUGGAUAGGGCUUCAUAAACAGAAACAAAGUGAUUUAACUCUAAAAUAGCAUAAAAUUAAGCAGUGUGACUCCAGGGGCACGAUCUGUAAAUCCAAACUGUAUCCUCAGGCUAGCGUAUUUUUUUUAUUUAUUUUUUGUGACGUUUACUAUAGUUUACCCUCUUCCUUCUUAUUUUUUUGUGGAUGUUUGUAAAAGUCUAAAUUUCAUUUUUGGCCAAGCUACCAUAAAUGGGGAAAAUACCACAGUUGAAAAGUGACCGUCCGUUCUCCAAAAUUCCUUGUUUAGUGAGAAAUCCUCAGUAGUCACUCUAUAUUUCAUGCUGGCCUACAGCCUUUAAGGUCCAGGUUGUUAGGAUUAAAUUGCACAUUAUUGGUCCAAAGGUUAAGAGAUGAUGGUGUGUAACAUGCUGUGCUCGUUUUGUCAGGGAGCUCCGGUCGCAGCCAGAAGAGAGAGGCCCGGCUAGACAAGGUCCUUUCUGACAUGAAGCGGCACAAGAAGCUGGAGGAACAAAUCCUGAAAACUGGCCGUGACCUCUUUGACAUGGACCCUGACUCUGUGCCCACCCCAAAACGCUCCACUGCCAUCUUUCCCCGUCAGCGGAAAUACUGAGUCUGCAUGAAGAACUCUGCUGUGCUGGACUUUCCUGUUUGGAAAGCCGGUAACCAAAAUGGUAAAGUAAACGUGGAAGUGAUUGGUUCCACAAAUAAGGUGUUUACUAGAUUCUGUUCCUUCUGUCUUGGUUCUUCCAUGUUACGAAAUAUAUUGUUGAUCACCGUGCCAGGAAACCAGCUUCCAACCCGAAAGACGUCGUACUGCAUGUGAGAAGUGGAUACAAGUUGGGAACAUGUUUCUUAUCGUGACAUUGCUGGAUCCAAUUCCUCUGUGUGCUUGAAAGACCAAUUUAAAUAAUCUGAAUGGGGGCUUCUAUUCCAUCCAGCCUGUGUGUGAAAAGGCCGUGCGGUCUGACGCUCAGUAGGGCGGAAAUGGCGACACUUUUACUGGUGCUACUGGCUACAGUAAAGGGCGAGUGCAUAAACGCUACGUAUUGAUUGGCUGUGUGCCUUGUCACUCAUUUACAUCUGAUGAAUAACUUCCUCCGGAUGUGUGUAAUUUGCUAAUGCCAGUAAUCUGGCAAAAUGACUACGGUCCAUCCAAACAUCGUGACCGUGAGGUCUUCGUAAAUGUGUAUUUACUGUGCAUUGUCUGUCGAGACAAAUGAAUGGAUUUCUUUGAUUGCGGCAGAGAUGUAUUUCAUCUUGUGUAUUUAAAUGCCAUCUAACAUCACAGCGUGGCAGCUUACAGGAGGUCUGUGCAGUAUUUCUGGACUCUGUGGCAGAACAAACCUUUCAUUCUAAAAUAUACCUACAGAAUCCUCACCUGCCACGGAAAUUUAAUCAAAUGCUGCCAUUUUUUUUCAGCUGCCUCUUUUUGCCAUGCAUCAUGUCUUGUGCAUAAAUGGAUUAAAUGUGAUUUUUGUUAUAAAAUAAAGUUGUGAACAAAUUAAAUCCUUUAAGAGCUUGUUGCAGUCAAAGCGUAGCUCUCAAGUGAUCGGAUAUAUUAUGUGAAUACAUCAUUACAGUCUUCGUUAAAGGAAAAUGAAGUGUUUUGUAAUGCAUGUAUAUAAAUGUUAUUUUCUUCUCCCAAUCCCCUGGCUUACCUUUGUUCUAUGUAGGCUGAAAUCUUUAUGUGCUCUUUGGCAAUCAAGAGCUGGGACAUGAAUACUGACCUCACAUGCUAGACCACACUGAGCCACAUGGUUUUUGAUCAAACGUGUGGUUCUCGUAACCAAAGUAACAUCUGGUGAAAUAUGGCCGCCCUGACAGAGCAAGGGUUAGCCAUAAGGUGCAUUGGGAAAUAAGUUAUUGCAUGUCUCUGUUUAUUCAGGUAUGAGAAAAAACUGUGUUUUAAAGCAAAGAAUUGUGCUUCCAUUGCCAUGUGAUAUUGUCUUUCUAUUCAAUACCAAUCGAUGGUAUAUUUCCUAUGAAAAGGAACUUGACGUAAAAUAAAACAAACGUGUGUUAAUACUGCAAGUAUACAGUGAUGUGAGCUGACCCAGG